AUUUACGCAUUAGCAACAGAAAUGGGAAGCUUCCGAUCCAAGGCAUCCUUGCAGAGAUGAUCGGCCGCUCUACGCCUGCUCUACAGAGAGUUGUUCGGCUGCAUCCCGAUCCUUUUACCUUCUCGAAAAAAGAAAGGGCACGCCUCGGAACUCACGACACCACUCACUGCUAAAGUGCUAAUUCGAGCGUUGACAGCCCGCAACAUAAAGCCCGUGAAACUUGUUCCCAUCUCUUUUUAUUGUAUUUCGAAUCUUCUCAUCUUCAUCUUCUGUCAUCUCUCUUCCCUCUCUAAGAAGAAGAAGACGGCGGCAAUGUUGAGAUCAAUCCAAGCUUCGCUCAAGAGAUCCACUUGUGCGGCCGCAUCAUCGACUCACCCCCUGCUGCGCCGCCGCGGGUACUCAUCGGAGUCGGCUCCCGAGCGGAAGGUGGCCGUGUUGGGGGCCGCCGGGGGUAUUGGGCAGCCGCUAGCGCUGCUCAUGAAGCUCAACCCGCUCGUCUCCAGCCUCUCUCUCUACGAUAUCGCUGGCACGCCGGGUGUCGCUGCCGACGUCAGCCACAUCAACACUAGAUCUGAGGUAGCUGGCUACAUGGGUGAGGAUCAGCUAGGAAAGGCUUUGGAGGGAUGUGAUUUGGUCAUCAUUCCGGCUGGUGUGCCAAGAAAACCCGGGAUGACUCGUGAUGAUCUCUUCAACAUCAAUGCUGGCAUUGUCAAAUCACUGGCGACUGCAAUCGCUAAGUAUUGCCCCCAUGCCCUUGUUAACAUGAUAAGUAAUCCUGUAAACUCAACUGUACCAAUUGCUGCUGAGGUCUUUAAGAAAGCAGGGACAUAUGAUGAGAAGAAGUUGUUUGGUGUGACCAUGCUUGAUGUGGUUAGGGCUAAGACUUUCUAUGCUGGGAAGGCAAAAGUUCCCGUUGAGGGAGUGAAUGUGCCAGUUGUUGGAGGCCAUGCAGGCAUAACCAUUCUCCCGUUGUUUUCACAAGCCACACCGAAAGCCAAUUUGUCUGAUGAAGACAUCAAGGCUCUCACAAAGCGAACACAAGAUGGAGGGACCGAAGUUGUCGAAGCAAAGGCUGGAAAGGGUUCAGCAACUCUCUCAAUGGCAUAUGCUGGAGCUAUUUUUGCUGAUGCUUGCUUGAAAGGUCUGAAUGGGGUUCCAGAUGUUAUAGAAUGUUCAUUCGUGCAGUCAAGCAUCACUGAACUACCUUUCUUUGCUUCUAAGGUGAAGCUUGGGAAGAAUGGUGUGGAGGAAGUUUUGGACUUGGGCCCACUUUCGGACUACGAAAAACAGGGAUUGGAAAGCCUCAUGCCCGAGCUCAAAUCUUCUAUUGAGAAGGGAAUCAAGUUUGCCAACCAGAGUUGAAUUAAUAUGCAGCCGUUGGGGUGUCUCUCCCCUUUUGUCUCAGAAUUUUUUGAAAUUUGCAACUUGUUCAACAGUCUUGUAUCAUUUGAACGGAUGGUUGCUGCCUGCGGAGUCAGUUUUGCAGUUUCCUGAAGAGUAGACUUUAUUUAGACAAAAUAUAAUGCCGUUAAUAAUACCCAUUGUAAUGCAGAGCAGUACAUUACAACUAAAUUUUCUUAGGUUGUUAGAUGUCGUGAUUCAACUUCGGCGGUUUAUCUUAUUUGGUUUCUUUCAUGA